AGGCGGAGGCCCAGCAGCAGGCUCUGGCAGCGGUGGAGGCUGUGGUGCAGGGCCUGUCCCCGGGGCAGCAGCUGGAGCUCAGGAACCAGCUGGACCAGGUGCUGAGCUGCGUGGCCUCCCUGCGCUCUGAGGUGGCGGAGCUGAGGGGCGGCCUGCAGGACAUCGCCCUGCAGAUCAUCCAGGAUGUCAAAAAGGGAGUGGAGGACAGCCAGCGGGUACGUCGGCGCCGCCACGUCGUCCACAGAGAGCGCACCGACUCCACCGGCUCCAGCUCCAUCUACUUCACUGCCAGCCAGGGCAUGGCCAGCACGUUUGAAGAGACCAGUGAAGGAGGGUACUCAACGGCCUAUGCUGAGUCAGACUACACCGAUCGGGACACGGACAGAGAGGAGGGCGAGCGGGAGCCUGAACAGGAGUCUGAGGAAGAGGAGGACAAGAGCUGUGCCACCGUGCUCACCCUCCGCCAGGAAGACUCUCAGGAAGAAGAGGCAGAGGAGAGAGGGCUAGUGGAGGAGGAGGAGGAGGAAGAGGAGGAGGAAGAUGAGGGGAGGCUGCAGGUGGUGACUGAAGUUCCCAGUGGGGAGCUGGCUCUCCUCUUGGCUCAGAGUGACAUCCUC